AAACACAUUACAUUUGUAAACACACACACACACACACACACACAGCUAACAUUAGGGCUUCCGCUUGCGCUAGCACUUGAUGCGGUUUCACAUUAUAUUUUGAUGUAAACACGCCAGCCGUGGCAUGCUAGCAUUGUAGCGGCCGGCUAGAUAACAUUACAGUGUAAACAACAUCUCCAUCUUUCCCGUGUCACCUUAAAGAACGACGGUGCCUGAAAACCGGCGGAAAAAAAAAGCCUGAGCUAGCUAUCGAGCUAAUAACCUGAGCCGGGGAUUCAUGUGAGGAAGCUGGUCAUGACUCGAGAGAAGAUGUAGCUUGAUAAAUAAAUAAGUGUUGGCCAGGAGAGGAGUUAAAACUUCUGGACCUGAGACCUGGACUUGUUUAUCUGUAAGAGUCAUCAGUCAUCUUUUCCAAAAUGGAGAAAAAAGAGAAGAGGCCCAGCUACUUUGCCAGGCUGAAGAAGAGGCGGCAGCUGAAGCAGGGCCAAUCGGAGAGAGCUGUGGCUAAGGAGAGCCAGUCAGAUACAGACUUGAAGGGAUCAGUCAUCUGUGAGCCCACUCCCACUACACAGCUCGAAGAGAAAAACAGAGGAAGUGAGAAGUCCAGUAAAACUGAGAGAACUCUGAGUGGACAAUCAGUCGACAACUGCAAAGCCAAUGAACAGGCCAAGAAAGAGAAAAGAAAGCCUCCAGGCACUGUAGAGUACACAGUGGGCUCUAAGGAUACCUUAAACAGCAUUGCGCUACAGUUCAAUAUCACCCCAAAUAAAUUAGUGCAGCUGAACCGUCUCUUCUCUCGCAGCGUGGUUCCAGGACAGAAACUCUUUGUCCCUGAUAUGGGGCAGUCAGAAAAGGCCAAGAUUUUCUCGGAUUCCGUGGACGUGGCACCAUCAGAAAAAGAGUUACAGGAUGAUGAAUCAAGCUGCAGGCCGCGUCACCGGGAACUCUCUCCCCCUUCUGAGGAUGAGAGCCCGGUCAAAUUCCUCAAGAUGAGCUGCAAGUACUUCACCGAUGGCAUGGGAGUUGUUGGCGGUGUGAUGAUUGUGACACCCAAUAACAUAAUGUUUGACCCUCAUAAGUCGGAUCCUCUAGUGAUUGAGCAUGGCUGUGAGGAGUACGGCCUCAUCUGCCCCAUGGAAGAGGUGCUGUCCGUGGCUCUGUAUGACGACGUGUCCCGUAUGCAGCUUAAGGAUGCUCUGCCGUCUGACAUACCUCAGGAUCUGUGUCCAUUAUACAGGCCAGGUGAGUGGGUGGAACUUCCAUCUGAACAGGACCUAAACCCCUUCAGCCGCUACGAGGCCCUCGGCAAAUCCAACCGCCCAAUCGUAUUAGAUGACAUUGAGACAGCGGCUGAUUGCCCCCCUGCUGACAAGUCGCCAUCAGAUGAAGGCUUCACUGAGCUUGAGCUGUUGCAGAAUGACUCAGGAACCGAGAACGGAAGCACUGAAACUUCUCACAGCAGGCCUGAGACUGCUAACACUACCUGCCAGAGUCUGGAAGAGGCAUCCUUACAAGAUCUGAGUGAUUCCGUGGAAGGAAAAAUGAGUGUGUUCACAGACCAGACAGUGGAGACAGUGAGGUCAUGUGAUGCAGACCAAGUAGAGGACAUGGAUGAAGGCCUUUAUAAUCAUUCCACAGAUGAGAAUGUAGAGCCGGUCUUAGAUGGGGAUGAAAACAGCACACUGUACACUGGAACAGAGCAUAGUGAAAAAGGACACAUGGUUACUGUGGUGGAUGAGAUGAAAGAUGCAGAGGGCUUAAAUAAAGCUAAGAUUCUCACUCAGGAUUCUCUACAAGCGGACGAAGUAGUAGUAGCUGAGGACCAAAAAAGAAUGGUAAGCUCUGGUGAAAAAUGUAGUUCUUCUGGACCAAGCUAUGAAGAUGAUAAGGAGACAAUGAAGAGACCAAAUGCAGAUGGAGAACUGAGCAAGAAGGAGGAAGAUCUGCAAAACAGUGAAACAGAGAUGUCAUGGCUGAUGAAAAGGAUGCAGGGUCCAAUUGAAGCUAUGCUGCUCUGUGCAGAAGAGAGAAGCAAGAAACCACCUAUGUUCCUCUGCUUCAAAGUGGGGAAGCCCAUGAAGAAAUCCUUUGCUACUGGUCAAACUUCUAGCCCAACUCACUUCUUUGGGAGCAGAGAGAAACACCCAGAGUACUGGUUUGCAGUGCCACAGGAAAGGGUGGACCAUCUCUACUCAUUCUUCAUCCAGUGGUCUCCUGAUGCCUAUGGGAAAGAUGCACAGGAGCAGGGCUUCGUAGUCGUAGAGAAGGACGAACUUAACAUGAUUGAUAACUUCUUCAGUGACCCGGUGCCCAGAAAUUGGGAGAUCAUCACCAUGAAUGAGGCAAGGAGGAGGCAGAGUUUUGGCGGUUUUGAGGAUGAGGAACCACUGGACCUAUUGUCUGUUCUGAUGGACCCCAGCACGUUAUUUGAGGAUACGCACAUUGAGAAGUUGGCUGCUCGACUCCCAGCUCGGGUUCAGGGAUAUCCAUGGAGGCUGGCCUACAGUACAGUGGUGCAUGGAACCAGCUUGAAGACUCUGUACAGGAACCUGGGGGAGCUGGACUGCCCUGUGCUGCUGGUCAUCAAAGACAUGAACGAUCAGGUUUUUGGAGUUUUCUCCACUCACCCCUUCAGAGUUAGUGAGCACUAUUAUGGCACUGGGGAGACCUUCCUUUACACCUUCAACCCUGAAAUUAAGGUGUUCCGCUGGACUGGCGAAAAUUCGUACUUUGUGAAGGGAAACUUGGACUCUCUCCAGAUCGGAGGUGGAGGGGGUCGUAUUGGCCUGUGGCUGGAUGCUGACCUGUAUCACGGGACCACCUCCAAAUGCUCCACUUUUAACAACCAACCACUGUCAUCUCAACAGGACUUCACUGUCCAAAAUCUGGAGGUCUGGGCCUUUGAGUGAAAUCCAAAUGUAUACUCAAAUACACACGCGCACACACAUGCACACACACCUUCACAUACCAUGUUUAAAAAAAAAAAUUAUAUAUAUAUAUAUAUAUAUAUAUAUAUAUAUAUAUAUAUAUAUAUAUAUAUAUAUAUAUAUAUAUAAAAUACAUAACACAAACAAAAAAACAUAAAAACAAACCUAAUGGCAAGUAAUUUAAAAUGCUGGAAUGCUGGAGACAAGGUCUACUGCUGGAUAUGUGGAGAUACACUCCUCCAAAAAGGUUUCAAGGACACUAGUUUUGACACGAGACCAAACUGUACAAGUUUACCAGGUUGUGUGUUGAGCUCAUUUAGAUUAGGAUGAAGGGUAAGAGAGAAGCAGGCUUCUGUUUGUGCCUCACUUAGACUGCCUUAAUAUUGCACACCUAUCCCAGCAUGCAAUAGUAUAUACAAGCUCUGCAUAAAUAUAACCCUUAUAGGCUGUGACUGCAGAGCCUUAGCCAUAUUGAUCAUGCUACAGUACCUUGCAAUGAGCUGAAGUUUUAUAUUUCAGAUUCUCUCCAAACGUCUGUGGAUUUGUUGAACAGGGACUAUGAUGAUGUUUACAAAAGGAAGAUGAGAUCUGUUUGUAGUGAUUAGGGGUUUUGGUGAAUCUUUGGUUCACUAAACGGUCGAGUGGCGUGGCUGAUAUGGAUGCCAUUCACGUGAAACACAUUCCAUUUGAUAAAAGAGAACUAUUGUCUUGACCAAAGCUUUUUAUUUAUGCCUUUCCAUGUACAUUUGUUUUAUAUUGUUUGUGUGUUUUUAAUAUUUGAAAUCAUGUCUUUUUAAUUGAAAGAUAUAUAUAUAUUUCCUGUAUGUGAGGAUUCUGUUCACUUCAGUUUUGUGUGUUCAUAUGAUUUAUAUUAUAAGGACCUUGUUUGGUCAACACUAAGCUGGAAGGGGCACAUGAUGGAAGUAAUGUCAGUAUUACAAGUUUGCCACCGAUAAAAUUGUUGACUGUUCCACUGUGGUAGUGUUACAGGUCUCCCACUAAUACACACCAAUAUUACUCACAAUGGGGUCUAAUACUAAUGACAGUGCCAGUCAAUACUUCAGUGAUGUAUACUAGCAUCAUGAGUACAAACAAGUAGUGGCAGUAUACCAGUCAUACCAACAGGUCCCUGCAUGCUUUCAUUAAUGAUUUGUUGGCAUUUGAACCUUUGUUGGCAUUCCCACUGAAUUUAUUUAUCUCAACUGGUCUCUCAUGCUCUACAGUUUGUUCAAAACAAAAGCUGUGAAUUAUGGGACAUUAAUGUAAUGAAGCACUAUUAAGUGUAUGAAUGUUACUAACUCCUGUUUAUUGUACAAACUUCGGAAAGGGAAGAUAAUUGUGUUGUAAAGGUUGUCUCUUGGUUUUGACAGGUUGUAAAGGAAACAAAGUUUAAAACCGACAGACUUUUACUCUGAAAUUAAUUUGAAGAUGUGGUGUCUUUGUCACAUGGUUGAUGGUUGGAUGAUGUUUAUCACUACAGUAAGGAAUCCCUUUUCAUGCUUACCUAAACUAACACCAGAUACAUGUAUUGGUGUGCUUAGUCCACUUUUAAUUAAGCUUUGUUUCCUCGAUGUGAUUGUGAUUGGUCAGUUCAGUUCAGUACAGCAUUAUGUGCACUAAAUUCCUGCUAAUAUUUAAACAGCUCGCCAUGUUUAAAUGUCAAAUGUAAAAGGGAAAUAAAUAUGUCCACAAAAAUACAUUUCACUUUAAA